CAUCGAUUUUUUAAGUAUAAGUAUACCAUUAAUUCAUAACAGAUAUCAGUUUAUUUCUGCAAUUUUAACAGACUUAACAUGAAGGCAGCUUUGGUUAUCGCUUCAUUGUUCGUAACAAUUGUAGCUCUCGAUGCUACUUUUGUCAGAAAAUUCCCUGGAGAUCACAACCAAAGACAAGACGUCUACAAAUAUGGAUCGGACUCUGAGUUUAUGCAAACGCCAAAAAGUGAAUUCUUUGAAAACGAUGACAUUGAAUCCAACUACUAUUACAAAAAAUUCAACCAAAUGAACAACUACGAAAAUGGUUGGUCUUUUGAAUCCGAAGAAGUUGGCUCAAAUGAAGAAUCCAGUGAGCAAUACAAACACAACAACAAUGUUGAAGUUUUCCAACCUGGUACCGCCAGCAGAGGCGUUGUUGAAAAAAUCGCCGCCAUUGACAGAAUCAUUGCUAAGGAACAACAAUUAAACUACAACGUUGGCGUCAACGAUUUAAAAACCCCAUUAAAUGUUAGAAAUGUUUAUAUCAAGAACCCCCAACGUGAAGUCAUCACCUUGAAGAAUGCUCAAAUCAAGAACAUUGAAAACGGUCAUUUGAAAUACUUGGUUAUCGAUUCAGAAAGAGACGCUCUUUUCGUUCAAUACAACUUUGACCAACUCAGAACCGAAGGAUUUUUCAAAAUUGAUUCCACAGUCGACGGCCAACACGGAGAUUUCGCCGUUGAAUUGCACAAGGUCCGCAGCAAUGUCACUGAGAAAUUGAGCACUGGUAAAACUUUUUACAGACCGUCCAAAUUCGAAUAUGCUGAUGUUGUCGCCACCAACCAACAUGGAUACGAAGUUGAAGCUUUGUACGAACCAUUUAACUACAAAUACUUUACUGUUUUAGAAGAAACCGUCGCUGAUGAAGUACACAAUUCCAUUCACAAAGGAUUAUUGUUUAAGCUUAAGAAUGAAAUCAACACCCCAAUGAACAACAUCAAAACUGGACAAUACUCUAAAUUGUUCGAUUUGAAAUGGCAAGAAAAGUUGAACGCUUUGGAAAUGAACAAUAUUGGAUCCAAAAACUGGCAACACGGUGACAGACAAAUUAACUCAUUCUCCUACACACGAUUGGACUCAAAAACCUAUCAAUUGCGUUAUAACACCGUUCUUAAGAACAUACAAUGGACUAGUGACUUAAAAACCAUGCUUUCUGGAGAACAACAAGCUUUCUACAAAUCUUCUAACUUCAAAGUUGACAAAGUUCGCAUUAAUGUCACCAUUUUAAAGAAUAUCAACAAUCAUCAAUGCAACAAAGUCAAUGUCAAUGUUCAUUUAGAUGGAUUUAACUAUUUACCAGUUGGACAAGUACAAAACUCUAACUUACCAAGCUUUACCUCACAUCAACUGCCCAGAUUCAUGGAACACAAUUUUGAAGCUGCCAUGGAAAAAUCUCUUGAACAAGAACUUUGUUUUGGCCAAACAUUUUAAUUUUUUAGCUAAUUCUUAGAAUGUUUCAAUAAAAUAAAUUUUAAUUUCACAUA